GAAGGGAAGGCAGAAGAGGAAGGAGAGGGAGAAAAGAAGCAAAAGGGAAAACGAGAUCAAUAAAAAGGAGUCAAAUUUGGUUGAAACCCCAAGGGCUCCUCGGGCCAGGUUCCUGUCUGAUGGCUUUUAUGAAAAAAUAUCUCCUCCCCAUUCUGGGGAUCUUCUUGGCCUACUACUACUAUUCUGCGAAUGAGGAAUUCAGACCAGAGAUGCUCAAAGGAAAGAAAGUGAUUGUCACAGGGGCCAGCAAGGGGAUCGGGGAAGAGAUAGCUUAUCAUCUGGCGAAGAUGGGAGCCCAUGUGGUGGUGACAGCGAGGUCAGAAGAAACUCUAAAGAAGGUGGUAUCCCGCUGCCUGGAGCUUGGAGCAGCCUCAGCAUACUACAUUGCUGGCACCAUGGAGGACAUGACUUUUGCAGAGCAAUUUGUUGCCAAAGCUGGAAAGCUCAUGGGGGGACUAGAUAUGCUCAUUCUGAACCACAUCACCAACAAUUCUAUGAAUCUAUUUAGUGAUGACAUCCACCUCGUGCGCAAAAACAUGGAGGUCAACUUCCUCAGUUAUGUGGUCCUGAGUGUUGCUGCUUUGCCCAUGCUGAAGCAGAGCAACGGAAGCAUUGUUAUCGUCUCUUCAACAGCUGGGAAAAUGGCUAAUCCACUUGUUGCUCCCUAUUCUGGAAGCAAGUUUGCUCUGGAUGGGUUCUUCUCCUCCAUCAGGGAAGAAUAUUCAGUGACCAAGGUCAAUGUGUCGAUCACUCUCUGCAUCCUCGGCCUCAUAAACACAGAGACAGCCAUGAAGGCAGUUUCUGGGAUACUUGACACAAAUGCAUCUCCAAAGGAAGAAUGUGCCCUGGCGAUCAUCAAAGGGGGAGCUCUGCGCCAAGAGGAAGUAUAUUAUGGCAGCUCAGUCUGGACCUUUCUCCUGCUGCGAAACCCAGGGAGGAGGAUCCUGGAAUUUCUCUCCUUAAGAAGUUACAAUAUGGAUAAAUUUAUAAACAACCAGGCACUUCCUUAGGGCUGGGCAUGAUGAGGGAGCUUGGGACUGUUCUGCCUGAUAUUUAUCUGAGCUCCAUCCAUGAAGGCAUCUCGCCAGAGAGAUAAAUGAGUGUCCCCAGAGAGUUGCAAGUCAUGUGUCACAUCUCACAAUUUGAAGGAGUUCCUCUAACACUUGUACAGUGGAAAUGUAAUUAUAAUGAAUGUCAUGAAUCUGCAGUUGUAAAAUUGAUAGUGACCAUAGGUAUAAUUACAAGAUAGUUAUAUCAAAUUUACCUCAUAUAUAAUAGUGUUACGAUGCUUAAUACAAUAUUAAUUAUAAUAAAGGUCAUCUAAACUUUA